AUGCGGGGUCUGCCGAGAGGGAGGGGGCUCAUGCGGGCCCGGGGGAGGGGUCGUGCGGCCCCUCCGGGCAGCCGAGGCCGCGGUAGGGGGGGCGCUCAUAGAGGAAGAGGUAGGCCCCGAAGCCUGCUCUCUCUUCCUAGGGCCCAAGCGUCCUGGGCCCCCCAACUUCCUACCGGGCUGACCAGCCCUCCCGUUCCAUGUCUCCCCUCUCAGGGGGAGGCCCCCGCAGAGAUGGGGCCACUACUGUUGGAAAAGGAGCCUAGAGGAGCCCCCGAGAGAGUUCUUGGCUCUUUGGGGGACACCUGUCAUAAUGAGGAGAGCCUGCCUAAGGCUGACCCCGAGCCCCUGGAGCCGGCUGGCCCCUCAUCACCAGCCACUGUUACUGUCACUGUUGGUGAUGAGGGGGCUGACACCCCCGUGGGAGACACACCGCUCAUUGAGGAUGAGCCUGAGAGCCUGGAAGGAGAAGGAGAUCUCCAAGGGGGACGAAUCCUGCUAGGCCACGCCACAAAGUCAUUCCCCUCUUCUCCCAGCAAGGGGGGUGCCUGUCCCAGUCGGGCCAAGAUGUCAAUGACAGGGGCCGGGAAGUCACCUCCCUCAGUCCAGAGCUUGGCCAUGAGGUUGCUGAGUAUGCCAGGGGCGGCCCAGGGGGCGGCAGCAACAGGGCCUGAACCCCCUCCAGCCACCACCAGUCCAGAGGGGCAGCCCAAGGUCCACCGAGCCAGGAAAACUAUGUCCAAACCUGGAAAUGGACAGCCCCCAGUCCCUGAGAAGCGGCCCCCUGAAGUGCAGCAUUUCCGAAUGAGUGAUGACGUACACACUCUGGGGAAGAUGACUUCAGAAAUGGUCAAAAGGAGGAAGCUGAACUCAGGAGGUGGCCUGUCAGAGGAGUUGAGUUCUACCCGGGGCUCAGAAAUGACCCUGCAGAAAGGGGACCCUGGGUCCCUGGAAGAGUGGGAGACGGUGGUGGGAGAUGACUUCAGUCUCUACUACGAUUCCUACUCUGUGGACGAGCGUGUGGACUCUGACAGCAAGUCUGAAGUUGAAGCUCUUGCAGAACAACUGAGUGAAGAAGAGGAGGAAGAGGAAGAGGAGGAGGAGGAGGAAGAAGAAGAGGAAGAGGAGGAGGAUGAAGAAGAAGAAGAUGAAGAAUCAGGCAAUCAGUCAGACAAGAGCGGCUCCAGUGGCCGGCGUAAGGCCAAGAAGAAAUGGAGGAAGGAUAGCCCAUGGGUGAAGCCAACCCGAAAGCGACGGAAACGAGAGCCUCCUCGGGCCAAGGAGCCUCGAGGAGUGAAUGGUGUGGGCUCCUCAGGCCCCAGUGAGUACAUGGAGGUCCCUCUGGGGUCCCUGGAGCUGCCCAGCGAGGGGACCCUCUCUCCCAACCACGCUGGGGUGUCCAAUGACACAUCUUCACUGGAGACAGAACGUGGGUUUGAGGAACUGCCUCUCUGCAGCUGCCGCAUGGAAGCACCCAAGAUUGACCGCAUCAGUGAGAGGGCGGGACACAAGUGCAUGGCCACAGAGAGUGUGGACGGAGAGCUAUCGGGCUGCAACAUUGCAAUCCUCAAGCGGGAGACCAUGAGACCUUCUAGCCGCGUGGCCUUGAUGGUGCUCUGCGAGACCCACCGUGCUCGCAUGGUCAAGCAUCACUGCUGCCCGGGAUGUGGCUACUUCUGCACAGCGGGCACAUUCCUGGAGUGCCACCCUGAUUUCCGAGUGGCCCACCGCUUCCACAAGGCCUGUGUGUCCCAAUUGAAUGGAAUGGUCUUCUGUCCUCACUGCGGGGAGGACGCCUCUGAGGCCCAGGAAGUGACCAUACCCAGGGGGGAUGGGAUGACCCCACCAGCUGGCUCUGUGGCCCCUGCCCCUCCACCCCUGGCCCAGGAUGCCCCUGGGAGAGCAGACACAUCCCAGCCCAGUGCCCGGAUGCGAGGGCAUGGUGAGCCCCGGCGGCCCCCCUGUGAACCCUUGGCUGACACCAUUGACAGCUCAGGGCCCUCUCUCACACUGCCCAAUGGGGGCUGCCUCUCAGCUGUGGGGCUGCCCCCUGGGCCAGGCCGGGAAGCCCUAGAAAAAGCACUGGUCAUCCAAGAGUCAGAGAGGCGGAAGAAGCUUCGUUUCCAUCCACGGCAGCUGUACCUGUCAGUGAAGCAGGGGGAGCUACAGAAGGUGAUCCUGAUGCUGUUGGACAACCUCGACCCCAACUUCCAGACCGACCAGCAGAGCAAGCGCACGCCCCUACAUGCAGCUGCCCAGAAGGGCUCCGUGGAGAUCUGCCAUGUGCUACUUCAGGCUGGAGCCAACAUCAAUGCAGUAGACAAGCAGCAGCGGACACCGCUGAUGGAGGCCGUAGUGAACAACCAUCUGGAGUUGGCACGCUACAUGGUGCAGCGAGGCGGCUGCGUCUACAGCAAGGAGGAGGAUGGCUCUACCUGCCUCCACCACGCAGCCAAGAUUGGAAACCUGGAGAUGGUUAGCCUGCUGCUCAGCACGGGACAGGUGGAUGUCAAUGCUCAGGACAGUGGCGGGUGGACACCCAUCAUCUGGGCUGCAGAGCACAAGCACAUUGAGGUGAUACGCAUGCUGCUUACAAGGGGUGCUGAUGUCACCCUCACCGACAAUGAGGAGAACAUCUGCCUGCAUUGGGCCUCCUACACUGGCAGUGCCGCCAUCGCCGAGGUCCUCCUGAACGCCCGCUGUGACCUCCAUGCUGUCAACUACCAUGGUGACACACCUCUGCACAUCGCAGCACGGGAGAGCUACCACGACUGUGUGCUGUUGUUCUUGUCCCGGGGGGCAAAUCCUGAGUUGCCGAACAAGGAAGGGGACACAGCAUGUGACCUGACCCCUGAGCGUUCUGAUGUGUGGUUUGCACUCCAGCUCAACCGCAAGCUUCGGCUUGGUGUGGGGAACCGGGCCAUCCGCACUGAGAAGAUCAUCUGCCGGGAUGUAGCUCGAGGCUAUGAGAACGUGCCCAUUCCCUGUGUCAAUGGUGUGGAUGGGGAACCCUGUCCUGAAGAUUACAAAUACAUCUCUGAGAACUGUGAGACAUCUACCAUGAACAUCGACCGAAAUAUCACCCACCACUCAGCUGAGGCCAUCGCCCUGGAGCAGAGCCGCCUGGCCCGCUUGGACCCCCACCCUGAGCUGCUGCCUGAGCUUGGCUCCCUAGCCCCUGUCAACCCCUGA